GUUAAUUAGAGUACUUUAAGUAGAGACGGAUAUUUUUUUUAUUUAAAAUAUAUGUCUUUAUUUUAAAACGGAAAAAAGAAUAAACGAAUAAAUGGAAGUUAAUUUGCGUGAGGAACGUUCGCAGGAUGCGAUGAAGGUCAGGGGUACAUAGCAAUAUAAACAAGUGGGGAUAAGUUUAAUAGUGUAUUGUAAUAUUAAAGCAACACAAUAACGUUUACACUAAUGAUUAAAUAUAUAUAGUCAGUUAAAUUAAAGGUUUGAUCAGCUGUCACGUUGUUAAAUGUAAACGUGAAUGAUAUGGAUAGAUAAAACAUGGAUAGAUAAUCAUGUACUAAAAUAAAAUGACGUCUAUAUAUUAUUUUGCGAAUCUUGUCGUAAGAAGAUCCUAAGUAUUAAUGAAAAUACUACACGCCCACAUCCCGUGACUCGAUGCUUUAUAAUAUCCCGUCGUUGCUAAAAUCUUAAUAUUUUAUUUCUGAAUUUAGUAUCAAGUGGACGUGCCUAUUGAAGUAUUCAAAAAAAAAUUUAUAUUUAUUCAACAUUCAAGUUUUUAGUCCGAGUAACAUCAAGGGACAACAAACUUGUUGAAAGAUAAAAUAAAAAUCUUUUUUAAAAAAAAUAAAAAUAAGCAAACAUGGUGAGGGUGAUACUGAAUUACAUUUUCUUCGGCUUGCUUUUGCAAACUUUCCUCGUUUCUGCAAAGUUACCCGACUGGGUACCUGCAGAAGUAAUUGACAUGGCUCAAGGAGAGAAGGGUAGAUGUAUGUCUGAGCAUGGAACAACAGAAGAUAUGAUUAAUGCGGUUAACGAAGGUAAUAUUCCGAAUGACCCUAAGCUAACUUGUUACAUGUUUUGUCUGUUUGAAUCCUUCAGUAUAAUUGAUGAAGACGGCGUACUGGAAUAUGGAAUGCUUACUGAAAUGUUUCCAGAUGAUAUAAAAGCUAAAGCAGAAACUGUUCUUUCAGGUUGUGCUGAACAAGCUGGAGCUGAUAACUGUGAAAAAGUAUAUAAAAUAGCUACAUGUGUCCAAAGCAAAUCUCCUGACAUGUGGUUUAUGAUUUAAAAAAGUAUAUUACAAUACCAGCAAUGAUAAGAAAGGACGCGAAUGCCGAUGAAUGAUCGAAGAGUUGGCGCAAAAAAAAUCGUUUUAAAUUUAACCGAAGUAAAAUUAUGAAGAAAACAUUUAAAAAUAUAUAACUUUAAUUACAGUGUAGUACUAGAGAAAUAAAAAUUAAUUAGACAUUUUAAAAAAUUUCCAACGAAUGUUUUAAGCAAAGGUCUUACGAAAUGUAUAAAUUUAUACAUAUAUAUAUGUACAUUAAUAUAAA